CUGUCAUUGAUCUGUUCCAUUGGUCCUUUUCUACAAGACGUCCUGAUGCGAUGUCUGCAUAAAGCUACGCGUUUUGAUCACAGCAUGAAUGAGUGUCUGCGCGUCACUGCGUCCCAUGAUGCACAUGUGACCAUAAAGACGAUUGCUACCCGUGAUCCCCACCCACUCCCUGUACACCUGUAAUGGAAUGCGCGUGUGACACGCAUGCACGAUGAGUACUCUCACUUAUCAUUAUCACUGCAAAGGUCCCUUCGGGACGGCAGCACCAUGAAUGUGGCAAAACGAGCGGCCAACAUAUAGAAUGAGGGAAGGAACAAAACGGGGGCAGAACAAGACGAAGAGGGAGGCAGGAGACAGGCAGAUGGGUUGGUAGGCAGCCAGUACCCCGACUCGUUAUGUACACAGAGCAGCGGAAAAACUCCAUUCAACAGACAAGGCGGUGGAUGGACAGCGGCCCUCUGAUGAUAUCUAUCAUCAUCAUAGUAUUGCGGGAUCGAUGAUCGAGAAUCCCGCCUCACUCUUGCGCCCCCAGCCCUUGUCGAGCCACAGCAUCGCCACAUCCACCUGCUUCUCAAGCCUACACACACAAAUCCAGAGAUAGGAUGGAAACGUGACAGAGACGAUGACGCCCAGAAUCUGCGCACCUUUUCUUGUCAAAGACGGCGUCCGGUGCGAACUGCCCGUGAAGCCCCAAUGGGAGGGCAUACUGCAGGGGCAGCCUCCUGAUCGGCCCCUGACUGAUGUCACGCGCCUCAAAGAUCAACAGCUGCACCAACAUCACAGCCACACGCGACGGGAGAUUGCGUCACUGACUGGCCUUUUGGUAGCAAGUGUUUCGGUGAUGUCGCGUACCUCAGAUUUCAUAUCUCGCCCGUUAAAGAGGUAUGCCAGUAGGUAUCCCUCGUCCUCCGGCGUGUCGGGAUAUGGCGGCUUGGCCUUCUUGGGGGCGAACACCAUCUCGCCAACGAACUCGUGGGGCUCGGGCAACCAUAUCUGACAAUGAAGGGAUAAGGACGCACGCAGAGAAGGGGAUUCCAGUCCAUGCUUGAGUGAUGGAUGGCGCCCUUAAAAUGCGUACCUGUCUCUCAUUUGUCUCCACGUCCAGCUUGACGGGCGCCUGUACAGGGCCGCUCGGACCCACCUCACUCUGGGCACAGAACCACACAUACCUGUGCGCACCAUACACACGAGCCACAGCACAUUUAUCUCAUUGCGCAAGUCUUGCAAGGAUGGCUUCCCCCGGUGCUUGCCUGUGUUUUUGUGUGACGACUCGUGGGUUGACUGUGGGGAAGUCCAGCGAGCGGUCUGUGACGAGCGGCUCCUUCCUGAAGGUGCCGUCACGGGUGUUCAGUCGAUACCGAUACAUCAGAGACUGACACACACACAAUAAAGGGAGAUGAUUCCAGAAGAGUGAUGAAUGCGUUGUAUCUGGAUGUGUGUAUACCUUUGACACGUUGGCGAAGAGGUCCUCUGCUUCGUAGAGCGGAAUGUCAUCGUCGAUGUCGAACUUAUCGUAGUUGUCUAUCGUCACCACAUCAACCACCACCUCACCCGUGGCUGGAGACACACACACACACACACACACAGAGACAGAGAGAGAGGACAGGCAGACAGACAGGAGGGAAACGAUCCGAUACGUCCGUCGGCCAUGUUUGCCGUGUUCAUGUGUGGCUCACCCUUGUCCUCAUACGAAUUGACGAAGUGAAAGUUGAAGAAGCUGUCGAUCGGCACACUGAUCAAUCCCUCGCCAUCCUGACACACACCACCGGCACACGCAACCAAGAUGCAACCACAUCUCCUCACAGACACGUGUGUUAGCUACGCGUGUACCUUCAUGUUGCUGUCUCUGGGCAGCAGGUGGACGACUGCAGGUUUGGUUUUGUCGAAGUCGAUGCACUCGAAGGCCGUCUUCGUGCCCAAAAGGAAAGCGAAAGGGUUGAAGCUGGUCGGGUUCUGGAACCACACAUAAUAGCUGCACACACACAGACCAGGGAGAAUUCACCGACAUUGCUUUAGACGGUGACUGAGAGGCUCCGUCUGGCGUGCUUACUUGUCUGUCAGCGCCCAGUCGUGCAUGAAUGGCGUCCCCUGGACGUUGAACGACUUCCGCGACACACAGUCAAACUGGUCGUCGUACUCCCAUGCGGUCACCUGCGCGGACACAAACACACACCACACACAUCGACGCCGCUUCCUGCCCAUCAUCCCUUUUCGUCUCGGUUCCCACCUUGCCCGAGUUAAGUCCGAUUUUGGUGCCGAAGUUGACUAGCCGAUUGCGAAUGGGGUCGAUCUUGUAGUGGGCGCUGAACGGGUCCCUCGUGUUCUCCAGCGACUUGCGGAGGUCGGUGGCCCCCCAGCAGCCCAGAGCAAUUGGGUCCAUGUUCCAGGGCGCCGCCCCCUCCCACAAGGCGAGCAGGAAUCCCGACCAAUAGACCACAUGGGUGUUGGCGACGUUGCGAAGGAACGUGUCGAAAACGUUACGUAUCCAUCCGCCUUUCUUCUGUGUGCCGACGCCCCUGUAGAGGAUGCGGUUGGCCCUCAGCUCCCGCAGGUAGUAGGGGCUUCGGAUGAACUUGUUCCUGAAGAACGCCGUGCUGUCCUGAAAGGUCACCGCCGCUAUCUGAGAGGCCGAGAGGGACAAAAUCAUGUGUGCGCAGAUCAGUGUGUCGGCCUCUUCGUCCCUCGUGCGGGCCUACCAUUCCAUGUGCGUCGAAUGGGUGUGUGAUCUUCUCGCCGCCGAUCUCAAACUUCGCAGGGAUGUUCUUGAAGAACGUUCCCUGCGCGACCACAUGAGCACAUCACACGGGCACGGCCACACAAAUGAGAAACUACCAUCAUGCUUGACCCAGCAAUGCCGUUUCCUCACCUCCAGGUCGCUCGGUAUGUCCCCCUCAAGGUAAUAGUAGCCUUCUGGUGGCUCCAUGAAGUUCCGCUUGAACGCAUCUACGUCACACAGCGACCUGAACACGAAGAGAACCCACGAAGAAGCCAUUCCCUUCAUGGCACGUUGCUGUGCGCUUACGGGUCAUGCCUGGACUCCCGCCUUGGCUCAAUGGCUGUCGGUGGUGGCUCACUGAUGGCCGUCGGCGCACCAGACAUCCUCAGCGACGCAAAACCGCUGCGAACGCGACCAGUUCUCUUUCGUGUUGGCCCCUCCUCGCUUCUCAGGGGCAACAGGAAUGCUGUUGGCGGUCUGCUGAGUGCAAAGGUGUCGUCAGCAAGCAGCGCAAGCGGGAGCAAGAAAGCUGCCAGAUUCGACCACAUGACAGCAAGGGUCUGAUCUGACACAAACUGAGUCGUGAGAUCGGCAAAACGACG